CCUUUGACCGCUACCAGUUGCUUCUCUUUCCUUCGAAAUUGUCGGACUUUGGGCCCUUAUCCACCGCUAUGUUACCUGUGACCGUAUGUGUGUGUAUCUUCUUUGCAGCUGCUUUCGCCGAAGAGUGCAGCAAGGUUCAGCUCGAUGAUGCAACGAUGAAAGAAGCUGGAGAGGUGGCUACGAAGCUGAUGAAAGAAUGCGUCCAUCUUCUCGACAAGUACCCCACGCCUAUCAGCACUAUUGCUGACGGAAUGAAGUUGUUAUGCGACGACUACGCUACAUGCCACGACAAGCACGAAUCUCUGACGUCGAAGCCGGAUGACUACAGGAAGGAGCUCAUCAAGUGUGUUCAGCCACAUUUCUUGAAGUUUUACAAAUCGAGACCUGAACUGAAACACGACCCAGAGCAGGUUGGAAAGGAAAUCAGCGAGUGCGUUAUGGAUCACAUCCCACUUUCAAAGAACAUGGGAAUGGCUGUCGGCAAAUGGAUCUUGAAAAUCUUAGGGCACUCUGAGUGACCUUGUAACAGUAUGGCGAUUUGUGGGCAAUAAAUAUUUUGACAAAU